CCGAGUUCUCGUGCGCGUCCGAUGGCGAGUGUCCCCAGGAUAGGUUCUGCCUGGGAGGCGUGUGCGUGGACCCCUGCCCUAUCCUCACACCCUGCCAGGGGGCGCUUAAGGGUGGCCACUGCGUCUCCAAGGAGCACCGACCCGUGUGCGAGUGCCCGGAGGGAACCAUCGCCAACUCCGCCGGUGACGUCUGCAUCGCCGUCAAUGGCACCGAGACAGGCUGUGAGCACGACGGCCGCUUGUACGCCGUGGGGGAGACCCGCUACCUCGGCAAAUGCGAGGAGCAGUGCCGCUGCGGCGCGGACGGUAAGUUCAGCUGCGGACCCGUCGCGUGCGCGCCUGGGCUCUUCCCCGCGGGCCAGCACUCCCAGGAGGAGCUCUGCAUCGAACUCAGAAACCGCCCCGAUACCGACGAGUGCUGCGUGGUGGUGGCGUGCGUGAACAGCCUGACGAGGCCGUCCCUGCUCACGUCGCCCGCCAGUAGCCCGCUGGCGCCCGCCGCAGAGGAGGAGCAACCGCUUGGCCAGGCCGUCCGCGCGCUCUCGGGGCGCACGGCCGGGGGCGAGGACCUUGCGGAACCAAUCACCGAGGAAGAGUACCAGAGGAGACUCAAGGACCUCGAGCACGAACUCAACAAGAACAGCAAGAAGAAAGUGCCUUUCGAGAAACCGACGGAGAAACCAGCGAUCGAAGAACUUGCCAGUCCCUCAUCGGUUGAUUCCCUUAAUGCCAACGCCGUCGAGGGUGUCGAAUCCGUGGUCGACGUAACGGAAGAAGUCCCGCAGGACGACGAAUCCCUCGCCGAAGUCACAACCACGAUCCCCGAGACGCCCGACGAGAAGGGGGAGCCGGCCGUCAUCGUCGAGAUCGACCACCACGGCGAGGAGAUUCACCGCAUCACAGUGCAGGAGGCCGUCGACGUCGUCACCAUGGCCGCCGCGGAGAAAGAGACCACCACGAUGGCACCAACGGAGGACGAAGGAGCUGCGCCAGAGGACUCUGUGCCAGCAGAAGAGGAGGAGGCGGUGACGUCAGCCGUGCUCGCCGAAGGGGAAGACGCUCCCACACCGGCGGUGACUGUCGAAGAGGGAACUACGACGGAGAUGUCUGUCGUGGAGGAGAUGCCUACUGAUAAGAAGGAAGAAGCAACACAUAACAUGAAUGAGGAAUCAACACCCGCCGAUAAAGAGGAAGAAGCAAUGCCUUCUGAUAAAAAGGAAGAAGGAACACCUGCAGAGGAAGAGGAAGUAAGCGCCUCACCAGCAGCGGAAGAGGAGGAAGGCCUAACGACGGAAGCUGCAGAGGAAGUCGCGACGACCACUCCAGCUCCAGCAGAAGGCGAGGAAGCCCCUGUGUCCUUCAGGGAAGCCAAAAAAGCUCCAGAAGAGAUGAAUAUUACGGAGACCGUCGCUGAGGAACCAAUCGGGCCCAAGGAGAAGGACUCUCUGGGCAAGGGCAGCGUGGGCGGUCUCAAGGCAGUUGCCAUCACCCACAACUCCUCGUCUGUGCUCCUUCCGUCGACCAAGGGCGGCGAGAUCUACUACAAGCCCCAUGACAGCGAGGACUGGCAGCGCAUGGCCGUGCAGGCUGGCGAGGACUCCCUGAAACUCAUGGAACUCGUCCCCGGCACUCAUUACAACCUCAAGUGGUCCGGCGUCUCAGGAGGAUCGGCCAAGGAGUCCUUUGACACUCUGGAGGGGUGCCGAGCGGAGAACGCGAGCUACGGCGUGGGCCAGGAAUGGACAGAAGGGUGCCAGAAGAAGUGUUCCUGUUCUCCAGGGGGCGUGGCCAAGUGCGAGCCCAGGUGUCGCUUCGUGGCCGGGCAAGUGGACUCUUCGUGCAUCGAGAUCCCUGACGCCGACGACCCAGAGUGUUGCGUCACUUGCAAAGGAGCAGACCCGGACCGCAAGGAGGGCAGCUGCACCUUCAAGAACACGACCUACAGGCCAGGCGAUGUGUUCUAUGACGAGUGUGACUUCCGCUGCACUUGCGACAACAACAAUGAAAUUGAGUGCGAGCCACGAUGUGAAUUCCCCCACGAGGACGGAUCGGAAACGGAGCCCGGAUGCGAAUACCUCCCAGAUCCCAAAGACUCCUGUUGCAAGUUGCGCGUCUGCAAUUCCACUUCCGAUGCGGCCACCGAUGCUGCUUCUUCCUUGCCGUCCAAUGGUUGCACCGAAGGCAACAUCACCUACGCUAUGAAUGAGAAGUUCUAUAAAGGCUGUGAGACGCAGUGCACAUGCAUGGGCUUCGGUGAUAUCUCUUGUGAGCCAAGAUGUCCACCCCCCAAGGUUAUGUCAGAGACCCCCAAGAAGUGCAAGUCUCGGCCUGACCCCCAGGACCCCUGCUGUUCCAUCACCGUGUGCGAUGAUGAGGAUGUCAUGAAGGCCAACCUCACAGAGAGCGCCGUGUUGACCUCCCCAGUGAGCCAGAAGGUCGGAGGGAUGCCCAAGUUGCUGGUCACUUCCAAGACCCACAGCUCAGUGACUCUUGCCUGGGAUGAUUUCAGGGCCAGGGCAGUGGAGGAAGGCUACGUCGCCGAGUACCGCGAAGUGGAGGGAGGUGCGGCGAGCGAAGAACAGCCGUGGAUGAAGAAGAUCGUGCCAGUGGGUGCCACUCCUCCCAGCCUCACUUCCGUCACUAUCGAAGACCUCAAGCCGAAUACUCUGUAUCAGGCGUGGAUAUCGACGUCAGCAACAUGUGUGAGUACGAAGGCCACUAUUACAAGCGAGGAGAGACCUUCUAUCAGGGCUGCCGGCAGUCGUGCAUGUGUUCCGAAGGGCUGGAGGUGUACUGCGCCGACAUCGAGUGCCCGGUCUCCUUUGGCCUCGACCUCAUCGACCCCAACUGCCUCGAGUGGGACAUCGAUCCGGACUAUGUGCCGACGCCGCCCAACUGCUGCCAGCCCCUCAAGUGCGUGUCGACGGCGGCCUGCGAGUACAUGGGUCAGACCUUUAACAAUUACGACACAAUCCCGCGCGAAAUCACCGGCUGCUCCCAGAUGUGCACCUGCAGCUACGGCAAGGUGACCUGCAACGACCUGUGUGCGCCAGUGCCCGAUACCCCUCCGCCCGAGUUGGAAUGCCCCCCCGAGAAGGCCGUGCUGAUCACUCUGCCCGGGGAAACCUGUUGCAGGUCGUGGCAGUGCGCCGCUCACUCUGUUGCAGACUUUGAGUUUUUGGCCACAACGGAGGUGGUAGAGACGACGCAGUAUGCAGGGUCCUCUCAAGGUGUGUCGGCUGUGUUCCCCCUCCCGCCGGUCUCAAUCCUGAACGGCCCCCCCACCUCCGGGUUUGUGCCCAUCGGCCCCCCCUCACCCCCUCACUUUGGUGCAGAAAACAGCAUUGCCGAGCCCGUUGUUCAGGCCUUGGACGCGCGAACAGCCCAGGUCUCCUUCGACACGCCGCCAGUAUAUAAGGGUCUGCCUGGAGAACUUCUCGUUAGAUUCACCAGUGAUCCCGUAGCUAACUCGGACCCAGCCACAUGGAAGCAAGAGAUCCUGGUACCUAUGGGAACGAUCAUCAACCACUCACAGUGGAACCACGUCAUGACCAGCCUGGAACCUGGCACCUCCUAUGCCAUGCAAGUUGUACUGAACGUCCAGGGGGCCCAGCCAGUCACUUCCCCGAUGUUUACUUACACUACAAUGGCUGAAGCCACCACCCCGUCUACCACAACACCUUUACCCCGUCUGGAAGUAAACGCUGAGCUCUAUGCAACAAAGGUUACCAAGACGACGGCCAAGAUAUCAUGGAGACGUUUCAAUGAUUACGAAUUGCAGUACAUCGAUGGCGUGCAAGUGAAAUAUUCUGAGAAGGAUAAACUGAUCCCCAACGUUAGCCCGCUGCUCCACCAUGACAGCAACCAGAUGGAAUUACGUGACCUGCAGCCAGGCACUAAUUACACUGUCGACCUGGUAUUGUUCUCUCACGAGAAUCUGCCCACACAGAUCACCAACACUCAGGCCAUUACCUUUAUGACACUGCCUGAAGAAGAUCCUUAUGAAUUUGAGAUCGAGGUUCAGGCCGGCAAGGUUUCAUCCCAGACAGCCGAACUGUUCUACUCGGGCGUGCCAGACCCAGAGGAGAAAUACGUCAACGUCUUCAGAGCAGUGUACGUGCGCGAAGACGAGCGAGUGGACGCCCAGACCUUCAAGAUUCCCAAGACAGGUCACGAGAAGAAGAUCUUCCUCAGCGACCUGAAACCUGACGUCGAGUACAAAGUGUGGUUGGAGGCUUACCUUUCCAACGGCCGAAAGAAGACGAGCAACGUGAUCGCCAUUACUACCAAAGCGGGCGAACUUCCCAAGCCGGAGAAGAGUGAAGUUGACCCCUCGACGCAGGCCGACGGGGAGAAAGACGGGUACUACGCCGCCCUGGUCGCCGUGGCCAUCAUCGCUGCCAUCGCGUGCGUGGGCUUCCUCGGCCUGCUGGUGAUCCUCCUGAGGAAGCAGAGCCACGCCAAGGCCCACAUCAACUCCUCGAGAAGCAACGCCGCGUAUGACAACCCGUCAUACAAGGUAGGGGACAAUACAUACGACAUGGAGAUGAACGGCAUAAAGGGCAGCGGGAACGGAGCCACACACAUGGACGAACCUUAGGCUUUUGCUCACGACCAGGUGCUAAACCUUGCAUCUUUUAAUUCCUUUUAUUUCUUUAUGUGUAUGUGUUUUUUUAGCUACUUUUUUCCUGAUUUUUUGUUAGAUAUGUCUUUUUUAUAUAUGUGGAAAGUUACGGCAUUUCGAAGGCAAGGUCUUUGAAGGAUGCCCAGUAUCCCAGUGAUAGUGUAUAAAUCUUCAAUCACUGUUACACGUGUAAAUAAUUGUUUGGAGGAAAACCUUGUGGCUCUACAAACCGAGUGCUGUUAUAUCACCUGGGGGACAACUAAAGAACUCGUAAACAUAAAAUGGUUUUUCUCGUUUUGUCUGAUUUGAUGAUGGUUUUAGGAAUAAAAUGUAUGUACUUUACUCAGGUGAUUAAUCAGCUGGAUAUGGUAGUUGCCAGUUUAGGUUUUAGUGUAACAUAAAGUGCACCAGCCAUUGCUUUUUUCCCCAGAAAUAUUUUCUUCUUAUUCUGUCUCUUGUUUGUUUAUGGUAUUGUAAUAAUAAAUAAUUGCUUAAUACUAACUUCUGCUUCUCUCAGUUGGAUUUUUUCUAUUUAUACUGUAGGUAUUUAUAUUUCCCUCAGAGAUGGAACAUAACACAGAGUACUGGUGCUUUGUGAAUAAUUAGGUUGUGCCUUUUUUAACAAAAAAAAAUACUGUACUUAAUUGUGCCAUUAUUGUACACUAUCACUUAAGAAAAUUGUACAAUGAGACACCUGUUAUCAUGUAUGGAUUUAACUAUGAUAUUGUUUUCUCUCUUUUUUACUUAAAAUGUUAGUUUUUCACCAAAACUCACGAGUGGUAUGAUGUAAAUUCCUAGUUGUUUACGUUGCAAAGUAUUUUUCUCUAAUACAGAACCAUUCGGUAUGUCUUUCCUACCCUCAUGAAUUUUGGGGAAAAGAUUAAACAACCUUUGGAGAGAUUUUGGCAAUAUAUUAAAACUUCAUAUUAGGUAACAGACAAGAGGUCCACAAGGAUAAAAUGUGUGAUGCUGGACUCCUUUUUCCAGGUUAUUACUCAACCAAGUCUCAUGUACCUAGACUUGUAAAGCCUGCCAAACGUGUUCCCUCUUAUGCUUGAGUGUUUUGUUCACUGAAGACGUUUUAAGUGCAAAAGGAUAUUCUUUUAUUACUGCAGUAUGUAAAGAGAGGCUUUGAAAAAUAUGCAUGAACUAUACAUUAACUUUGCUUAGAUUUUUUUUUUUGAAAGAUAUCCCAAGGUGAAUUAAAUACUUAAGUUGGCUUAGAUGGGAUUUAUAAAUGUGACUUAGUAAUGUUUAUGAAUAUAGAUACACUUGGCAGUUCUUUACAAGUUUGGUACUAAUUUUCUCCCUGUUAUGAGAAGUCCUACUUUGAUAUAUGUGAUAAGAAUUGUGUAAAAUUGCCUAAUAUAGAGUAAGUUUUUUUAGUGAUGAUGAUCAUAAUAUUCAAGUAAUAUAGAGUAAUUGCCGUGAACUGUAUUUGUAUUUUUGUACGUUGAUACACAGAUUAAAAUUACUAUGAAAGUAGAAAAAAAUGUUCAUGUGUAAUACUGAAAAGAUACGUCAGUAUUACAUUUGAAAACACCACUAAAGUGCUCUUUUAGGAUGCUGUUAAAGAAAGUCAAUAUUUUUUUAUAUUAAUAAUGCAUAAUGUAUCAGUACAUCAUAUAAAAGAAUUUAACGUUUAAAUCAUGACAUGAAAAAAAAAAUGAAAAUUCAAGGGUUUUAUGUACAGUUAUAGCAAUAAAUUAUUUUUAUUACCUCGAAUGAUGUACUGUUCCUGUUUUAACUACGAUCUGUGUUGAUGUAAUUUUCAUUCAGUUAUGUAAUUACUGAUUGUUUGUCUGUUAAAAGAUAAAUUCAGGUUGAUAUGUUAACAUGGGUGCAGCCUCUGUGUACAGAUUUAAGUGUAAAAAAACUGUGCUCGUAUGCACAUUAAAUUACUUUUAAGAUA